ACGCACUCGCCUCGCGUCAACCGCGGCGAACGCUUCAGCCGACGGGCACCCGCUCGCGCUGAAAACUUUCUCCCGCGAAACAACUGAACGCGCAAAACUUGUCAAACAAGAACACUAUGUAAACACACUUAGAUUUUAAUUUAAAUAAGUUAAAAUUUAUUUACACCAUAAAAAGUCGAACUACGAAAAGUGUUUAGUGACUAUCCUAUUGUUAAGUUGUUGAAGUUUCUAUUCAGUUCUUGUAACACUGUUCAUUGUAAUGUUCCAUGCAAACAUGUCAUUCAGUGUGAAGUGAUACACAAAAAUAUCAGUUAAAGUUUGCCCAACUAAUUUCUACGUGAAGGUUAAAAAAUCUGUAAGUGCGCAAUGUCAACUUUGGGAGCGGGGACAACGAUGCUAAUCGUUCGGCAAACAAGCUGUAAGGCUCGAGUCAAGAGCUACUUGUGUGCCUUGUGUGUUAGCACAGUGAGCUAAGCAGCUCCUGCAGAACAAAGAAAACUAUCAGCCCGCCGCCACCAUUCUCCGAUACGUACUUCAAAACUUCACCAUGGACACAAACGCUUCAAAUACCAGUCAAGACGACGACGCGGACUGGGUCGGCAACUCGUCCAGACUGGAAUACACUGGAAACAAUACCAGCAAUGACACGUUUGACUCGCUGUACGACGUUCCUACGAGCAUGAUAGUGCUACUAUCGUUCCUAUACGGCUCGAUAUCUGUGCUCGCUGUGGUCGGCAACUUUCUGGUCAUGUGGAUAGUGGCCACUUCCCGCCGCAUGCAGAGCGUCACCAACUGCUACAUUUCCAAUUUAGCUUUAGCUGACAUAGUCAUAGGAUUAUUCGCUGUACCAUUCCAGUUCCAAGCGGCGCUGUUGCAGCGGUGGCUGCUGCCGCACUUCAUGUGCCCCUUCUGCCCCUUCGUGCAGGCGCUCAGCGUCAACGUCAGCGUGUUCACGCUCACCGCCAUCGCCGUCGACCGACAUCGCGCCAUUAUUACGCCUUUGAG